GAGACACCUGCGUGACGCCCGGGAGCAGAGACGGUCGCUCCAUCUUCUCCUGAGCUUCCCGGGGGGAGUGGGGGGCUCACACGGAUCCGGUACCGGAGAGGGAACGAUGGCCGACGCGGUGAAACUGGACCCGGACUGGGACUGCCCCGUCUGCUGGAACCCCUACAACCCCACGUCGCGCACCCCCAAACUGCUGCACUGCAACCACUGCUUCUGCCUGGAGUGUCUGGAGCGGCUGAGCCAGGCCUCCCCCAUGCGCAUCCCGUGCCCGCUGUGCCGCCAUCCCACCGUCCUGCCCGAGGGCCAGGGGGUCCCGGCGCUGCCCACCCACAGCGCCAUCCUCAGCCAAGUCAGGGCGGAGCAGCCGACACCACGCCCAUUCUUUUGCCCCAAGGAUUCGCUCAAACUGCCCCUCUUCCAGCGGCCGCCUUCCAUCUACACCGUGAGCGUGGGGGAGGAGCCGGGCCCCCCCUUCAACUCCCAGUCGCCCCUCACCCUGCCCAGCACCGGGCCCCCCUGGCACUGCUUCCGGAACCCCCAGCUGCGCAUGUUCUCCUACCUCAUGUUGGUCAUCGCCGGCGUCACCCUCUUCCUCAUCUUCUCCAUCUUCUGGACCCGCAAGUUCAUUUGGGGGCAAAGGUAAAAGUGCAACAAACAUGGCCGCCACUUGGGCCCUGACCAGAAGCUGCCAUGUCGCUGCCACAGUAUUGAGACAAUAGGUGCUGGAGAGUGGGGGUCCCUCUGGGUAUAGAUGGUACCUCCCAUCGUGGGGGCUACGACUUGGGCUCAUUUCAGUGUUAUCUCUGUGCAGAACUCUAACUCCCUGCGGGGGGCGCUUUCCUUUAGCGACAACAGGACUUUUCGACCCCCCCACAAAAUUCCCUGGAACAUGUGACCAAUUCAGGACUGAGACAUCAGAACAAAUAAGGGGAUUGAACCAAUGAUUAUAAUGCAGGGGGGGGGGCGUAUAUGAAA